AUGACGUUGAUAGCAAAAGAAAAUCCAAGACUCAUUCUACCCACAUCGAGAAACAUUCUGUACAUCAUGCGGUUUUCACUGAUGAAGACGAUCAGCACGAAACCUUUUGAAUCGAAUCAAUACGCAUGUUGCAGUGCAGACAGAGGUGGUUUUUUAUUCACACAACUGAAUUUUAUAGGAAUUCGAUUCGACACCACGCAAGGCAUAAUGGAAGUUUAA